GGUUUGUAGUGGGUUAUACUGAGGCGUGGCCGCGUUACACUGCAUGGAAGGACUGGAUUUUACUGGUUUAUACUGGGGUGGGAGCUGGGUUAUGCUGGGACAGCUGGGAAGGUUGAAGGCCGACGGAGCCGCCGCCAUGAGGCUCUACAGCCUAAGUGUCCUUUACAAAGGUGACYCCAAAGUGCAUUUGCUCAAAGCUGCUUAUGAUGUGUCCACCUUCAACUUCUUUCAGAGAUCCAGCGUGCAGGAGUUCAUGACGUUCACAAGCCAGCUGAUUGCAGAGCGCUCGGCGCUGGGCAGCAGGGCCUCAGUCAAGGAGCAAGGUGAGAGCAGCCCCUGCUUCCUUCCCUCUGUGUUCCUGGGAAAGGUUGGGUCCCUUCCCAAAAAUUGCUGUUUUGAACAAACCCCUGCAGCCGCUGUGGCCCCACAGCUGCAGCUCCUGGGUGGUAACUGCUCUUUCCUCACCUGGCAGGUGCUCGAUGAGUUCUCCAGGCAGGUCAGCAAGAUGGACUGGCCCUCAGGGUCACCUGCCACCAUCAGCUACUCUGCCUUGGAUGGAUACCUCAGCAAAUACCAGAACCCCCGCGAUGCCGACCCGAUGACCCGAGUGCAGGCAGAGCUGGACGAGACCAAAAUCAUCCUGCACAACACGAUGGAAUCRCUGCUGGAGCGUGGUGAGAAGCUGGACGACCUGGUCUCCAAAUCGGAGGUGCUGGGAGCACAAUCCAAAGCCUUCUACAAAACGGCCCGAAAGCAGAAUUCCUGCUGUGAAAUCAUGUGACAUGGAGCCCAGGGUCUCCACCUCCGGACCACCAGCCCUCCACUCCGCUCCGCAGCCACCCCAGGGCUGUUCCUGGGGCUGGGCCGGGGGUCGUCAGCCCCCUGGGCUGAUGUGACUGUUGUCCACCUUGUGGGGACACCAAGGCUGGCACGGGGCCAGCACCCGUGGGUGAAGGUCCACACCACAGACCCCCAUCCUYGCUGUUCUGGGACAGCUCGGACCACGGGGUGCUCGGCCAUGCACCCCCCCUGCCUUCACACCCCUGCGGGAAGCCUGGAGGGGCCCCCCACUGCUGUCCGGGGGGCUGGGGGCUUUUAUGUAUUUGUGUCCURAGGGUGAGCUGGGGGGUGGGAGAAGGGGGGGAAGGGAAAAUGGUUUUUUGGGUAGGGGGUGCUCAGUGCCCCCCUGGGCAUCUUCUCCCCGUGCUGAUGAGCCUGGAGCUGUGUGCCAGUGCCGGGGCAGGGGGGGAGCUCACCAGCCUGCCCUGCACCUCAGAGCCCCUCCCCUGCUCCCACCAGCCGGGCUGGGGGGGAUCAGCAUCUGCCAGGGCCCAGCAGCCCUCACUGCCUCCUCUUCCUCCUCCUCAGGAAGGGAAAAGUCGGGCUUGGGCUGUACCUCGCGGUGCUCUCGGGUUGUUUGCGUGCCCUGGCUGCACUGGCCAGGCGGAUAAAGUUGUCUUUGGCAGUUGUAGCCCUGUUCCUUCUCUGCAGUGUCCCAGGGUGGGAUUUGAGUGACAAACACUUUCUGGGGGACCCUGGCAAGGAUGGAUGCCCUUGGCUUUCUCUCUCCAUCUCUUAACUUUUACAAUCAUUGGUUUUUCCUCAUAAUUUAUUUGCAGUUUUCCCGAGACAAAAACGAAAUCAGAGUCAUCUUUUACACUUACAAGGCUCAGAAAGAAAAGACAAAGGGUUUUUUAGGGGGAGGGGCGUGGGGGGGAUAUGCUGGGGAUGGGGAGACAGAAAAAGAAUGAGAGAAAAGGGGAGGAAAGAGAAAAAUUUGGCAACGAUCCACCAGCAUUCAUGGGACAGGAACAGCUCAGCUCAGCUCCUCGACAUACAGCGUUAGCGCCCGAGGGUUGCUCCCGCGCAAAGGGCAUGCAGAGAAAUCAUCAGAAUAAUUAAAAAAUAAUUAAUAUCCCUCACCCAUCCCGCCCCCUCCCCCCCAGCCAAAACCAGCCCUCAGCAUGGUGGGGAUGCCCUGGGGAAUCGCAUGGGGAGUGCCUGGAGUGGAGCGAUGCCUCCCCAGGGAGGGGGGGGUGGGGGUGACGGGGUCCCCCCGAGCGCUGGCCAUGGGAGGGGGGGUGCAGGAUGUGCUGCCAGUGCCCCUGUGCUGGGGGGGACCCCGGCGGAGCAGCCUGUGCCCCCUAAGAGACCCAUUCUCUUAGUCUAAAGUGCUUUCGAUGCUGCGUCAGUGCUGGCUGGAUCGUCCCGAGCCCCCCACCCCGAACC